AUGGGCAUCAAAUUUUUCCUGUUAGUAAGUCGCCAAGGAAAGGUUCGUUUGGCAAAAUGGUUUUACGCUGUACCAACGAAGGAGAGAUCGAAAAUCGUCCGUGACGUUUCUUCUUUAGUUAUCGUCCGCAAGCCAAAGAUGUGCAAUUUUGUAGAGUAUAAGGGAGAAAAAAUCGUUUACAGGCGAUAUGCAUCUUUAUUUUUUAUCUGCGGAAUUGAUCAGGAUGACAAUGAAUUGAUUAUUUUAGAAGUUAUACAUAAAUUUGUUGAGGUCCUUGAUAAAUAUUUUGGCAAUGUUUGCGAGUUGGACCUGAUUUUUAAUUUUGAAAAGGCCUAUUAUGUUUUAGAAGAACUAUUAUUAGCAGGAGAACUUCAAGAAUCUAGCAAAACGAAUGUCUUAUCUGCUGUAUUAGCCGGAGACGCUGAAUCAGAAGUGGAUGCACAGCAGGACACGAUACAAAAACUAGUUGGAAAUGUUAAAAAAUUCUAA